CCCCGCAGAGAGGCAUCCUCCUCCUGCUUUCCCCCUGCGGACAUCGAGCAGACUUCUUGCGGGCUUCGCAGCUCCUCCAGGCCGCCGGGUCCGCGUUGUUUCCCCGGAGCAUGUGACGCGCUCUGCGGGGGAAGCCAGCGCCGUUUUCGGGGAGAUGAUCUGGUGACGACGCGGUCCACCUCCAGAGUGUGUCCUCCUGCCCGUUGACGUGUGUGUGUGUGUGUGUGAGACUCCAGUCAUGGCUCGUGGCUGCAUCUGCUGUGUGAAAUACAUGCUGUUCCUCUUCAACCUGCUCUUCUGGCUGGGCGGCUGCGGCCUGCUGGGCGUGGGUGUGUGGCUGUCGGUCUCCCAGGGCAGCUUCGCUGCCCUCUCGCCCUCGUUCCCGUCGCUGUCCGCCGCCAACCUCAUCAUCACCCUGGGCACCGUCGUCAUGGUGACGGGGUUCCUGGGCUGCCUGGGUGCCAUCAAGGAGAACAAGUGUCUGCUGCUGAGCUUUUUCAUCGUUCUCCUGAUCAUCCUCCUGGCCGAACUCAUCCUCCUCAUCCUCUUCUUCGUCUACACGGACAAGGUGAGUGAGAACGCCAGCCGGGACCUGAAGGAGGGGCUGGUGCUGUACAACACGGAGGACAACACCGGUCUGAGGGAGGCGUGGAACACCAUCCAGGGCCAGUGGCGGUGCUGCGGCGUGGUCAGCCACAGCGACUGGUACGCGGCGCUGCAGGAAGACGUGGUCCCUGACCGCUGCUGCCAGCAGGUCUUCCCCGGAUGCGGACGCAACGCCUCCAACGCCUUCUGGACGCGGGGUUGUUAUGAGAAGGUACAGGAGUGGCUGGAUGACAACAAACACCUCCUGGGAACCAUCGCCAUGUGUGUGUUGGUCAUUCAGCUGCUCGGCAUGGCCUUCUCCAUGACCCUGUACCAGCAGAUCCACCGAGCCGGGAAGAAGUACGAAGCCUGACAGCAUUUCACCACAACCAGCUCUUAAUACAUAUAUAUCUAUAUCUAUAUCUAUCAAUCACUUUUUUAGUAAAAUGAUCAUUUAUGGUGUGUGCCACUCAUGUCUGCACUCGCUUCCUGUUGUGAAUAGUUGUAGUGGUUCUCAGUGUGUUCUUCAGAGCCAUACCUGUGGAUCUGUGCUGUACUGACAUGUUGAAUAAAGACACAGCACUCUGCA